AUGGGGAAAGAGUCUGGGUGGACUUCGGGAGAGUCCAGGGAUGUUCAUGGCCAAAAAUGGCAAAAUCUGGCUGGGGUGGCGCUGGCUGCGCCCACGGCUGGGGUUGCGCUGGAUGCGCACACGGCUGGGGUUGCGCUGACUGCGCACACGGCUGGGGUUGCGCUGACUGCGCACACGGCUGGGGUUGCGCUGACUGCGCACACGGCUGGGGUUGCGCUGACUGCGCACACGGCUGGGGUAGCGCUGACUGCGCACACGGCUGGGGUAGCGCUGGGGUCUGCGUCGACGCCUCUGGGCGCUGCGGCGUCUGCGUCGACGCCUCUGGGCGCUGCGGCGUCUGCGUCGACGCCUCUGGGCGCUGCGGCGUCUGCGUCGACGCCUCUGGGCGCUGCGUCGACGCCUCUGGGCGCUGCGGCGUCUGCGUCGACGCCUCUGGGCGCUGCGGCGUCUGCGUCGACGCCUCUGGGCGCUGCGGCGUCUGCGUCGACGCCUCUGGGCGCUGCGGCGUCUGCGUCGACGCCUCUGGGCGCUGCGGCGUCUGCGUCGACGCCUCUGGGCGCUGCGGCGUCUGCGCCGACGCCUCUGGGCGCUGCGGCGUCUGCGCCGGCGGCUCUGGACGCGCUGGCGGCUGCGCCGGCGGCUCUGGACGCGCUGGCGGCUGCGCCGGCGGCUCUGGACGCGCUGGCGGCUGAAGUGGCUGGGCUGGCAGGACAGGAAGCUGAGGCUGGACAGACGAAGGAUGUGGCGGAGAUGCCACCACAUCUUUCCUCCUCUUCUUCUUCUUGUUCCUGGGUGCAGAAGGUACAGAGGGGACAACAGGAGUAG